AAGGUGACGUUUCCAUCAUGUCUGUCAAAUCGUUCAAAAUGAACGUUUGGAAUGCCUUGACAAGGCUCGUUCAAAAUUUCGUAAUCUACAUAUGUUUAAGGUUUCUGAUUAAGUUCGUUUGGAGGAAAAUUAGGGACAGCAAACUGAUAUCUGAUGUGACGAGAAAGAGAAUCCUGGGGCAGUAAUUUAGUGUAGUUAAUAAGGCAAAAUUAGCGGUAAAGAAAUUUGAGUGAAACAACUGAUUUAAAGUGAAUAAACAAUGGAGACUUUUUUGACAACCAACAAGGAAAAUUAUAAGUGGCCCUAUGGAAAACCUAUGGUUCCCAGACCGUCUCAGCCACCAAUCAAGACGAAACCCAACAACUGCUAUGUUGCCAAACUGGUCGAGCCUUACUGUCAUUGCGACUUCCAUUUGUACGAACCGGAAAUGGGUAGAUACAUGAAAUUGGCCGAAAAAGAAAAGGCUUUGUACGAAGAGUUGGAUACUCUAAAGAAACGAAUGGCGGUUCUUGUAAGUGACAUUUUGGACCAUCCCUGCGACACUGACGAUGAAAAAAUGAAAACUAUAUAUGAGACAGAUUACGCGAAAAGAGGUCUAAAUUUGGUUCAGUACAGAAAACUGAUGCCAGCAAUAGACUCUCCUGUGGGAAUCCCAGUGAAAGGAGAAACGAUCGGCCUGGGAAUGGGUUACAGGGACCCGACCAAGUUCAGGUUUACCGAAAUCCAGAAACCGUUCGUUGAUAUUUGCCAACCGGCAUCGUUUACAAGAACACCUUCAGUUCUUGAUGAAUGGUUCGCUCACAGAACAGGCAGUUCGGAAUAUCAAGAUUCUUACAGUAAAGUGGCCAUCAACAUUUUGAACAGCAGUCAGCAGUAUGCAGAACCUUUACCGUCUUCAAGAAGGAAGCCCGAUCAACGAUGUGUGUGACAUUUUCUUUUUGUUUGAACAGAUUAUCAUAUAUGGAAGA